AUGAAGAUGUUAAAGUCACCUAGCCAGAAUCGGAAAGGCAAGAUAUGCCUUCAUCAACCUGAUGAAACCACUUUGCAAAUCUUUUGCUUCACUCAACCAGUCAGCAUAAGGAACAAGAUUCGGUUUCUAUUCAACACAAAUGUGAAGUCAGUCAGUCAGUUCUUCCAUAUGGGUCAGAAACUUGCACUGAGUGUGUGUGUGUCGCGAAAAAGAUUUCAAACAGGUUGCAGACUUUCAUCAAAAACUGCUACCUUCGCUGGCUGGCUGGCUAGGUCCAUAUUGAAGAUCAAAUGGCCAGCUGACCGGCCAAAAAGAAUUAACAAGAAGAAACUGUGUCUAAGAAAAAACCAGCCAAGAGCUGAUCGCGUAGCAAAUAUGAAGAAGAAAAUGGAGAUGGAUGGAUCGGGCAUUCAUCUGAGGAAACCAUCGAAUGACAUCUCGCGCAAUGCAGGCCAUCACUCGAGUGGAAUCCGAAUGGAAAGUGACGAAUGGGUCGUCGGUGCGAGGGUGCCAUGGAGGAGAUCGUUUGUGGAGGAUGAAGAGAUGAGAGAUUAUAGUCAAUCGUGAACGCAGUUGAAGAGGACAACAGAAAAUAGAAGAAAGCGGAGACGUGUUGUUGAAGCCCUAUGUUUCACUCGGAACCC